AAACUGCACGUUCAAAACUUGUAGAUUAUAUUCGCAUUCAUCCACACAGUGAACAGAGAUAGAGGGUGUGAACUUGAAAUUAUCGGUAGGCUACUGUCCCUAUUUUAUCUUCGUCAUGGCGUCUAAGUUCCCAAAAAAGAAGGGUGGAUAGGACGAGCUUCGUACAAGGAAAGGUCAUGACAUGAAAUGGUCAUGUGACAAGCAUGGUGAGCCAAUGAAAUUUUACUGUAAGAAACACAAAAUUCCUAUUUGUCAUCCAUGCGCUACCAAAGAUCACAGUCAAAAACCAUGUCAGCUAGACGACAUCGAGGAUGUCAUCUUCGAAAGGAGGAGACAGCUAGAUGAAAAACGGCCAAAAAUACAGGAACUUCAGAAACAAUUGGACGCCCUCAAUGGGAAAAUAAAGACUGUGUCAACGUCUGGAAGUACUCAUCUUCGGAAAAUUAACAACAACAUUCAAGAUUCAUAUCACGACAAGAUCGAAUCUGUUGGAGAAAAGGAGAACAGGAUGAUUAGGGUUAUUAACGAGGAGGCAGAUGAGGAAAUAAGACUCGUAAAUGAGAAGAGAGAAAAACGGAUCAAGGAUUGCAACACCGAGAGAGAAAAUGAGCGACAAAUCAUCAAAGACAAAAAAGCAAAACUUUUAUCAGAUGCAAAGAAAAUCAGCGAAGUUGUUUCUAAGAAGAUCAAAGAUCUUGCUAAUAAGAAUCAGCAUGUAAUAAACACUGUAAAGAACAUUGAAUCAACCAUCAAACGUAUAAACCAACAUGAUGAAACAUUGGUGAAUGAAGCUCCUCAAGUACUUGCAUCUAUUAAUGAAAAUUUAAGUUUGAAUGUUCAUCAAGAUGAUAGCGACUGUCUUGACCGAAUACAGAGUGAAGUUGAUAGAGUGAAGUUUGUAGAGGGGGAAGUAGGUGGAGAAUACUAUGGUAGAAUUGAUGGGUAUAUUGGUAAAUGGGAACUUGUCAAGACAAUUCACAUUCCAUCGGUUGUUAAUAACCCGUAUGUGCAUGGUUUAGUCAGUGAUGAUGAGAUAUGUGUGCAAGACGUAGGUAACUAUGACAUGUAUAUUACAAACAUCAAAACUCAACACACAGAGAAAGUCAUUGAUGGAGGUGUGCGAUCAUGUGCGCCCAUAGACAGUAACGUAAUAGUAUGUGGUAAGAUGAGAGAUGAUUACACGGGUGACAGGUUGGAUGGAUGCAUCACUCUCUAUGACAGACAAUGGAAGGUGAUUAGAUACAUCAGCAUACCAAGGAAUGGAUACGAUAGUCGUGUGUAUGUUGAUGUUGACAGGGAUGGGAUGAUCAUUGCUGCUCAGUUAGCUCAGUCUAAUAUCUACGUCAUCAAUCCUGCUGAUGAUAAGAUAGUAAACACUAUUACGAUGCAGGGUAAGGUGGUGUGUGAUGAGAUACAAGCCUUGUCAUCAGGUGAUAUCGUUGUGAAGACAGGUAAUGAUAAAUACACUGUCAUCUCACGAUCAGGAAAAGAGAAGGCUGUCAUACACUGUGAUGAGUGGGACUGGUCAGAGUGUUGCGUUGACAAACUGACAGACACACUCUACAUCGCGUACAGGGAUGAAGCGCGUAAUACAUACGCAGUUGAUCAGGUGUCACGUGAUGGUAUCAUCCAGGCAAGGAGGAUCGUGGAAUACGUGCAAUCAGAUCGCUCUCACUGGGUCAGCCCUUGUCUUGUUACUCCUUCUGGUAACCUCGUAGGAUGUGAUGGAGACAAACUUCUUAUCUACAAGAACACAUUAAUCUUGUAAAUAAUCUAGACUAUCAAAGGAAUCAUAUCGGAUUUGUAAGAGAAAUAUAGACCAGAGAUUUGUUUUCACUUUUACUUCCAUUUCAAUUUACGUCCUUCUAUCUCUAUAUGUACGUGACUACAGUCAUAUACACAUGGCCAUGGUGUGUAUAAUGUUGUAUCAAUCCAUAUCAAAUAGAAAACUGUCGGUAAUGUCCACUCCGUCUAGAUUUAGGUCUGUAAUAAAUGCCCUCAGAUCCAAAUGAAUAGUUUACUCGUAACCUGAACAAAAUAAAUGCAAAAUGUGUUAACGAAUUGCCUACUUGAACCAGAUGGUUAUUGUAGAAAGUAUUUUAGAAUGGCUGAAUUCAGUAUUGAACGUGUUAAUAACUGAUUUCUGUGAAGUGAACCCGAUCAUUUACCAAACAACAUUUCGUUCAAUUUCAUUCGAUGUUAUUCUCCUAAUAGUGAUCGGGUUAUUCCUUGAUUAAAAUUGCUCUCAAUUUUAAGGUAUUUGAUUCGAAUCAAUUCAUCAGGACCCCAUUUCAUUAAAAAAAUGUUGGCUAUGAAAACAACUCUUGCUAAAAUGUCAAUGACCAUGACAACAAUAACGAUUCUGCUUCCUGAUUGGCUCAUCCUGAUUGGCUCAUGGUUUCAUGAAAUGGUACCCUGGUUGAUUUCAUUUUUUUUUAUUCUGUGGUAAAAAAAAAAAAAGUGGGAAGGGGUCAAAACUGUAUGAAAUAGAAGUUUCGUAAUGUACACAACCCCCCCCCCCUCAUGAAGUUAGAUUAAAAUAAGAUAAAAUCUCGUAAAUAAUGGUGUUUAAUAGGGUUCUUGUUUAGUCUACAUUCAUAUGACAAUAUGAAGGGAAAGGGAUAAUGUUUCCCGUAUAAUUCUUUUUUUCGCCAAUUAAAUAUUCUCUAGUCAUGUAUAACAAAAUAGGUGAGAUUUUUCUCAAAAAUAUUUAAUACACGGUAUAUUCAUCAUAUUCCUGAAAGUAUUGCAUCAUAUUACUUAUUUCAAUCAGUUCAUUUUUCUUCGCUUGCACAACUUUUAUUUUAUCCUCAUAUCGCUUAAUAUUUUCAACAUAGAUUACUGAUUAAUUGUAUCCCUACACGAAUAAUAUCAUCUUACACAUUGGCUACCUGACUUUCAAAUCUUAAGUAACAAUGAUAUGGAAGUGAAACAUUUUUUAAAAAUAGAUAUUUGUGUCGACGUUCUGUAAUGAUGUGUUCGCAUUACUACGUUCAGUUAUGUUUAUCAACAUCAUGAAAUUAUGUCAAAUUAAUUUCAUUAUAAAGAUCAUAUGUCAAUAAAAAAAAAACACAUGAUAGGCUAGCGUACAAUGCUGUAAAUAAAUAAAACAGGAAUCUAUUUUGUUUAACAGACAGGAUUAGAUAAUUUGUCAAAUAUCUGCCCAUAAUGUAGCUUUUGUUCGUGGUUUCAUGUUAAUAUAAUAUAUAACUCGAUUCAAUCCAUUUGUUUAUUUCGUUUGCAUUUUAAAUUGUGUUUAGUGUGUAAACUGGAAGUCUAUUCCAGAGGCAUUGGCUAAAGUGAAUAUUCUUAAGAUGAAAAUGGUUGUAUUCUUCUGAUCAUAAUUUAUUUACAUUGUAGUAAUCCUUAUACAUGUGCCCCCUCUAUCUCUCUCUUCAAGUUUACCCCGACAAAAAAAUGAUUUGAAUAAAAAGAGAAAAAUCCAACAAGCAUAACACUGAACAUUUCAUCAAAAUCGGAUGUAAAAUAAGAAAGUUAUGACAUUUUAAAGUUUCGCUUAAUUUCACGUAACAGUUAUAUGCACAUCCGGGUCGGUAUGCAAAUGAGGAGACUGGUGAUGUCAUCCACUCACUAUUUCAUUUGUAUUUUAUUAUAUGAGAUAUGAAAUAUUCUAAUUUUCUCCUAAUAGUCAAGUGAAACAGUGAUUAAUUCCUCACUGAACAUGUGGAAUUAGCAUUGUUAAUACUAUAUGGUUCAGUCAAGUCUGUCCCUAUGGUCAAAUCUGUGAAAAUGAAAUAUUGUAUAAUUCAAACAAUAAAAAACAAAAGAAAUAGUGAGUGAUGGACAUCAUCAACUGACUCACCUAGUUGUGCAUAUCACUUUUUUGUGAAAAAUAAGCGAAACUUUAAAAUGCCAUAACUUUCUUGUUUUACAUCUGGUUUUGAUGACAUUUUCAGUGUUAUGCUAGUUUGAUUUUUCUCGACCUAUUCAAAUCAAUAUUUUGCUGGGGUGGACUUGACCUUUAACCCCCAAAUUAGCCCUUUUACUGUAUAAUACGACAUGGGUAUCUAUGUUGCUGUAAUAAGUUGUAUAUAAAUCGUUAUUGUUCAAGGUGUGUUGUUUUAAGGUAGGAGUAUAUCAUUUUUCAAAAGAAAAAAAAUCCAUUCGAAUUUAUUCUUGCAAUAAUCAACUUUGUACAGGUUGAGUUUAGGUAGGGUUUAUGCUUUAUUUCAACUAUCAAUUCAAUUGCUCGUUAUUGUCUAUAUAGUAUAGGUUAUUCAAAGUUUGUUCCUAAAACUGGAAUGGGAGAGAGUGCUAUAUAUCAACAUUUUCUUCCGGCAAUAUGUCAGAUCUAACGACUUUGCUUGAUUUUGAUUGCCUGAGAAGCACUGUUACUAUGGGAGCUGUUGAAUGAAACGCUUGACAAUCCCAUCUUUUUUUUAUUUGCUCAAUAUUUGUUGCCUAAUAUAUACAGCUCAUUACAAUUUGCUUAAUAAAAUUUGGGAAACUAUUGUACAUAACAUGCAUAAUAAACAUUAUUAUGAUAUAAUGUAUAUCAUGAUAUCUAUUAUUUUCAAGUGUAUAUUGAAGGAUGAGUAGGAAGUAUACGUUUGCUUUUGAUAUAAUAUAUUUUAAUUAUACUUUGUUGUGAAUUACUAACAUUGUUGAAUAGGAACAAAAGCCAAUGCUUGUUGUUGUAUAGACUUAAAUCAAGACGAAAUUAAUCUUAAAUACUUGAGAGCUGAAAAUAGUCAUGUGAAAAUAGUUAGGAAAUAUCUUUCUUUACUGUGGGUAAAUGUAUUUAGUACAUUUCGAGAAAGGUUUGCCAAUGCAAUAUAUACAUGAUAUAGUUGUAUAAAAAUUACUGAUCAAAACACCAAUUACCAACCGAUCGAACUAUAUCUUCACUAAGGGUUAUCUACUACAUUUCGAGAAAAGCUUACCAAUGCACAAUCAGUUGUAUGCACAUUAUUCAUCUAAAAACCAAGUAUCAACCGAUCUGAAUAAAUGCUUAAUAUUUUUAAACU